AUGGAGCCCGGAAACAACGACGAGAACACGCCGCUGCUGCUGGCCACGCCCGCCCCGUCGGCAGGCAACCGGCCAAGGAACCCGCGCACCGUCACCUUCAGCCCCGAUCCCGUCACCCGCACCAUCGAGCCCGAGCCGCACCUUGUCCGAUCCACCGCCGCCCAUCACCAUGGCCUCACCCCGGGUUCCGGCACCGCCCUCGCGCCCCCCGUCCUCGCCGCCCUCAACAAUAAGCUCCGGAGGCGCUACAGUCACGGCGCUUCCCCCGUCGCCCUGCCCCCCCCCGUCGGCUCCAAGAUCGGGCCCCAGAGGAGCACUAAGAAGACGGAGAAGCUCAAGCUGCUGCCCAACCCGGACCUCGACGACGGCGAGGACGAGGAGAGCGGCCGCGAUGUCUACUCGCAGUACACCCGCAUCAAGGACCCGACUGCGAGAAGAGACGCCGCGCGCCUCGGCAAAAGCGACCGCAGCCGUCUCCCCCGCGUCACCGCCUACUGCACUGCCAACCGAUACGACAUGGACGGCCUCAUGCGCUUCCUCAAGGGCCGUGGCAAGGCCCGCGGCGCCAACCCCAAGCGCAUCGACGAGUGCAUAUACACCCCGUACGCCUACACCAAACCCGCCCAAGUCGCACACCCGCCAUCCUUGAGGACGCAACCGCGGAGACACUCCACCGGCGGCGGCUCCUUUGACGACGAUGCCCACUUACAGGCAGCCCGUGCCGACCUGCGUGACUCGUCUGACGAGGGACUGCUCUUGUCCAGCGUCGCCGAGGAGGUGCCAGUGCACGCGCCUGACGACCUCCCCGACUUUGACGUCCAGGUGCACACGCCAGAGGUCUUUCUCUUCGACUACGGCGUCAUCGUCGUCUGGGGCAUGCUCGAGUCUCAAGAGGCCAGGUUCCUGAGGGACAUUGCCAAGUUUGAGGUGGAGAAGCUCGCGCCCGACGACGUCGAGACGGAGCACUUUAACUUUUACUAUACCCGCGAAUACCAGGCGCGCAUCUACAACGACUUUAUCACCCUGAGAGACAAGCACAACUACAUGACCAAGCUGGCAAUAUCCCACGCUCUCGCGCAAAGCGUCAAGACAUCCCUAUUCGAAGAGUUGAUUGCUUCCACGGUGGACACGUGCAAGGACAUCCCCACGCAGAUUGCGCUGACAGGCAAGAUCGAUCUGAGCCGGUCGCAGAUCAACAUGCAGAUCGGCGAGCUCUUCAUCCUCCGCAUCAACAUCCACCUCAACGGAUCCGUCCUCGACACCCCCGAGCUCUUCUGGGUCGAGCCCCAGCUGGAGCCCGUGUACCAGGCCGUGAGGAGCUACCUGGAGAUGGACCAGCGCGUCGCUCUCUUGACGGAGCGCCUCGAUGUCAUUGCCGACCUGCUUGCCGUCCUCAAGGACCAGCUGAGUCAUGGCCAUGACGAGAAGCUUGAGUGGAUUGUGAUUGUACUGAUAGCCAUGGAGAUCGUGGUUGCCGCCAUCAACAUCGUCGUGGACCUGUAUGCGGGCGAAGUAUAA